UCGGCGGCGGCUCGCGCGCUCAGCUCGGCAGGCGGCCUCAUGCAAGCUGAGCGCGGGGCUCGGGGAGGCCGCGGGCGCCGGGGAGGUCGGGAGCGGCCCGAAGGGGACCGGGAGCGCCCCGGGGCCGCGGCGGCGCUGGCGAGAGGAGGCUGCGGGGACAGAGGCGGCCGGCGGGGCCGGGGCCGGGGCGUGGAAGAUGACAGUGAUUCAGAGACCUAUGGAGAAGAGAAUGACGAGCAAGGAAAUUUUUCUAGAAGAAAGAUCGUCUCCAACUGGGAUCGAUAUCAAGAUACUGAGAAGGAAGUUAAUGGUGGAAGUGGAGAGUCCCAGCGGGGGACAGACUUCAGUGUCCUCCUGAGCUCUGCAGGGGACUCCUUCUCACAGUUCCGAUUUGCUGAGGAGAAAGAAUGGGACAGUGAAACUUCAUGUCCAAAGCAGAAUUCAGCACUCUACGUGGAUAGUGAGUCACUGGUUCGAGCCCUUCAGCAGCUGCCUCUCGCAGUCCGGCUUAAUGUCGCUUCAGAGUUGAUCCAGACCACAGUUCCUUUAGAACUUCCACAGGUGAAACCAAAGAGAAACAGUGAUGGCAAGGAGCCAGGCAUGCAGCUAAGGGGACCCAUCUCCGAGCUCAGAUCUGCUGCUGGUGGUUGUUCCAGGUCUCUGGGCAGAGACAGUUUAAAACCCAGCCCUCUAGAGGGUUUGCAGAAAGCUGCCUCCCCACCACAGUCAGUCGCAGACCAUCUAGAAGAAGAACUGGACAUGUUGCUGCAUUUAGAUGCGCCUGUGAAAGAGGAAGACAGUAUCUCUCCAGAACAGACAUCUCAGGGCCAGGAACCGACAUCUCAGGGCCAGGAACCAGAAAGAGAUGGGCAUGUGGCCCAGGAGGAAACAGUUCCUGAAAAAACAUCUAUGACUGGAGAGAAAAAUAUGGAACCUGAGCAGCCAAGCACAUCCAAAACUGUCACUGAGGAAGAUCUGGAAGACUGGCUGGACAGCAUGAUCUCCUGAAAAGGGGGAUCAAGCGGGGGAAAGUGCCUGAAGCAAAUGUUGGUUGCCUUCUAAGUAAGGAUGGGCUAGUUUACCAGAUACCCCAUGCUAACAUGUACUGUUACGCUUUCCAUGGCCAACACCUACCUCUGUGUUUGAUGGCAUCUGAAUACAUGUAUGAGGCUUGUUUAGGGCUUUGUUUCUGUUGUAAUCUGGCUUAGUCAUCUAAUAGAUUUUCUUAAGGACAGGGGAUGUCACAGCUACAUUUUCAGCCUCCUUCCUGUCAACACUGACAGCACAACAGGUGCUUAUUAAGGUGAUAUACAGAAGCAACAAGAGAUGCAGUUGGUCAAAAUAAACAUCCUCUAGUCUAUGACUUUUCCUUUCUUCAUGAAGCUCAUGGGCUACUUGUUUCAUGUCCCUGACCCGAAGGCCAGGUGGCUGUAGAAUAGCUGGAAGUGGUACAUGACAGGAGGCAAACCAUGAACUGGCACAUGUUACUUUAUUGCAGUGGGCACUUGAUUUUAUUGGAGGAGAUUGACCUAAAACAUGGCAGCUCCACUACUUACACAGGACUAUAAAGCAUCACUCAAGUUUGGUAUAAGACAGAUUUUUCUGAAAUUUCAGUACAGUGUCUUUCUUCAAAUAACAGCAGCCAACAAGCUGUCACUGAAGAAAUUAUGUGAAUAAUCUUCAAGUGCAGUUUCAUAAAGUAAGACAGAAGAUCAGCACAGCUGUUUAAUGGAGUUGUCCUUCUGGAACACAAACAUAAAAAACUUGCAUAGCUAUAUCUAAAGAGAUUUUUAAGGCACUUAAUCGAUAUUUCAGUUUCGACAAAGUGUUUGUUUUCUAUUUCCUUAGCUGCUUAAAGCUUUUCAGGCCGAUUCUGGAUACAGUCACUAGCAAGUACCAUGGAAAAAUUAGAUCUCAUGAGUUGAACCUAGUUUUGUGUAGUUCUGCCCAUCAGUCCUUGACGGGGUCCUCUUGCAUGACAUUCAAGACUUCACAUUUCUCUGAACCCUCCCAAUAAACUAGUUGCUUUUAGAA